GUCAAAUAGAACAAGGGAAACUAAUUAGGUUAUCUCAAAGGUGCCGUACUAACCUUCCUCCCCUCCUUUGGCCCCACCCUGGCUAGGAGCGAAAUUCUACUGCGGACGGGAGGAGCCGCCAGCUGGAGCCUGAGCAAACCAAGAAAGGCAGAGAAAACAAAGUCGUCUCCUCCUCCUCCUUUUCAUUAGGGCCGCCCUUGGAGUUGCAGCCGGUGAGCCGGGCGGGGGAAACCUCACACUCACCUGGUCGGAGCCGUCAGGAGUUCGGCGUGCAGCCCAGUGGCCACAAUUCCCGCCAAACCGCCAGCCACCGGAUAUGGUCCCGCGGGCAAGAACAAGGCACGGAGGGGGCCCGGUUGGAGCCGCUUGCUUCCAGCUCCUCCUCAGCCUCCUGGUAUUAAGUUUAUCUUGUGAAGCUUGUAAAAAGGUUACCCUAAAUGUGCCUCCAAAAUUAAAUCCAGGCACACCAAUUGGCCAAGUAAAUUUGAAAGGGUGUCUUAGAACUCCUCACCUGAUCAGUACCAGUGACCCUGAUUUCAUAGUUCUGGAAGAUGGUUCUAUAUUUACAGCAAAUGCAGUUUCUUUGUCUUCUGGGAAGAAAACAUUCACCAUAUUGCUCAAGAAUUUGCAAAACAGUCAACAAAAGCAAAUCCAUGUUAAUUUACUGUCACACGCUCCAAAAACACAUAAAACAGGAGAGAUAGUUCUUAGACGCAGUAAACGAAGAUGGGCUCCUGUACCAACCACUAUAAUGGAAAAUUCACUGGGACCUUUCCCAAUGCAAAUUCAGCAGCUAUCUUCUGAUACAGCUCAAAAAUACAACAUUACCUAUUCCAUUGGUGGGCCUGGUGUGGAUCAACCACCAUUGAAUUAUUUUUACAUUGAAAAAGAAACUGGAAAUCUCUUUGUUACUUGCCCAAUAGAUCGGGAGGAGUAUGCGGAAUUUCAGAUAAUUUGCUAUGCAAAGACGUUAGAUGGCUACACACCAGAGAUUCCACUUGUACAUUUAAUCCGAAUUGAGGAUGAUAAUGAUAAUCCUCCAAUUUUUAAUCCUGAUACAGUUACUUUCACUAUUUUAGAGAAUAGCAGAUCUGGAACCUUCAUUGGGCAAAUGACUGCAACAGACAGAGAUGAACCUGGCACCCUGCACACUAAACUGAAAUACAGAAUUGUGGGACAAAUUCCUGUUUCAUCUCGAGGCUCUUUAUUUACUGUACAAGCAGAUACUGGUGAUAUUUCUUUGCAUACUCCGUCCUUGGAUAGAGAGAAAAUAGAUAGAUACACGGUAUUACUGGAAGCAAGAGAUAUGGGAGGUCAGAGUUUUGGUUUAUGCAACACUGGAACGGUUAUAAUUGACGUUGGUGAUGCAAAUGACCAUGCACCGAUGUGUGAACAUGGUGUGUAUGAAGUAUUUGUACUUGAAAACACAGUUAAUGCAGAAGUAACGAAAAUUGGUGUGAUAGACAAAGACGUACAGGGAACUCCAGCCUGGCAUGCUACUUUCAAUAUUAUAAAGGGAAAUGAAGAUGAUUCUUUUAAGAUUGAAACAAACCGGGAUUCAAACACUGGGACCUUAUGUAUUAAAAAGGGUCUGAACUAUGAAAAGACCAAGGAGAGAAGAUUAGAAAUUGUUGUGAAUAAUGAAGUACCUUACGUUUUGGCACCGAAUUCAGGACCAAUUUCUACAAGCACUUGUGUUGUUGUUGUUAAAGUACGAGAUGUGGAUGAAGGGCCUGAAUUCAAUCCUAAAUUAUAUAUUUUGGAUAUAAAAGAAUGUUUGAAAGCUGGAACAGUGGUUGGCCAUUACUCUGCAAGUGAUCCAGAGACCGGAAAUAGUGAAGACAUACGUUACAAAAUACUAAGGGACCCAUGUAACUGGAUCACCAUGAAUAAUGAAGGUCAGAUCAGCACCACUAAAAUGUUAGACAGGGAUGCACCAGAUUUACAGUUAUAUCAAUGUAACGUAACAGUUGCAGCAGUAGACCGAAGUGGCAAAACAGGCACUGGAACAAUUGUAGUUAAUCUACUAGAUGAGAACGAUAAUUACCCAGUCAUUGUUCCAAAAGAGUAUAUCAUAUGCAGAGACCGAAAACCAAUUUGUCUUACUGCUGUGGAUGCUGACAUAGCUCCUCACACAGUUCCAUUUACUUUUUCCAUUCCUGAAAGAGAUACUCAAAACUGGAAGUUAACUGAAAAUGAUGAGAGAUCAGUGUAUCUGGAACCAUCCGAUGCUUUAAGCUAUGGCCAGUACAUAAUUCCUAUUAGAGUAGCUGAUAAUGAAGGCAACUUUGGGAUUUCUGAAAUCAAAGUUUCACUGUGUGAUUGUACAGUUCCUAAAGAUUGUAUUUACAAACCACCAAGAGAUUUACCACAUCAGGGCUCAGAUGUUACUCUGGGUAUUUGGGCCAUCCUUGCUAUGAUUUUGGGAUCACUGCUGCUAUUGUUAAUCCUGAUCACGCUUUGUGGAUGUUUUGGUGGUGCACCCAUGGCUGGUACUAAGCAUGUUCAUGAUGAUUUAGCCAAUCAGAAUUUAAUCAUAUCUAAUACUGAAGCACCUGGAGAAGAAGUGAUGGAUCCGAACAUACUUCCUGUGAAAACAGGAAAUAUAGUUACGUCUGAUCAUGGGGUUGCUUCUGGAGUAAAAACUGGGGGACAGGAAAGUUUUGAAAUGGUCAAAGGAAACCAGAACAUAGAAUCGGUUAGGGAACAACACACCUUGGGAUCUGCCAAAGGAGCGCAUUAUACUGUAGAUGGAAGAGGAUAUGGGCAGUCCAUGAUGGAUACCUACAGAUACAACUAUUCAGAAUGGCAGAAUUUCACACACCCUCGUCUGAAUGAGAAAGUAUAUCUCUGUGGGCAAGAUGAAGAGCAUAAGCAUUCCGAUGACUAUAUUCUUUCAUAUAACUAUGAAGGAAGAGGAUCGCCAGCGGGCUCUGUAGGCUGCUGUACUGAUCAGCAAGAAGAAGAGGCACUUGACUUUUUAGAUCAGUUGGAACCAAAGUUUAGGACAUUAGCAGAAACCUGCGUGAAGAGAUAGAUGACAGGGUGGAAAAUCAUCACUGCUAUGCAGAAUAGCUGUUUCAAAUCUUGAAUACACCAGAUUUAUGUUUCUUGUUUUUCCUGUAAUGGGUGGUGAAUCAAAAGUACAUCCUAACAUUAGGUUUUUCAGGACUAAGGUUUCUAUAUCUAAACUUCAGGUGCUGCAUUCUAUUUUGUUUUAGAUUCUCUUUAGCUGUAAUGUCAAUCUGUAAUUAACUUGCUUCCCAAAUGCAACAGAUUCUCGUUUUAUUAUUUUUCUGGGUUUCAUGGGGAUUAUUUGGGGCUGCUACUCCCAUAAUUUUCAGGUUUCAACCAUGAUGACUAGGAAUUUUGGGAACGGCAGCUCUGCCACACCUAGAAUAUCCCCACUGGGGAAAUUGACCAUAGGAAAGCGAAGUUCACUAUUUCCUAUUUUUAGGGAUUAUGCCUUAAGAUAUCUAUUUUUGCCUGGGUGUCAGCAGCUUUCUUUAAUUUACCAAAAUUUUUAGCUUUAUAGAGAGAAAUGACAAAGGAUUUCAGUUAUUACUUAUUUGCAUCUUAUGAAAACAAAGAUUCUGUUUUCAAAACAAGAUGCCAUUUUUUUCUGUAAGACCUUCCUUUGCAGUCAAAUAAUCUCUAGCUUUCCUCUAUUUUUCUCCUUAGCAAACACCCAGUAUUUUAUGAUCACUAAGCAUAAUUGGGCUUUAUCAUCUUUGUUUAGGAUUGGGAGUGGAGACUGGCAAGGGUACUUUGGCAAAGUUUGGUUUCCCCCUAAGUCUGCUAAUGCUUUCCUCUUUUAUGUGGAUGUUGUUCUUUUGACUAAUAAAGAUAUUUUAACAAAAAAAUUGCUUAUAUAGAAUAAAAUGUCUGUGUUAAAUAACUCUUUUUAAUUAGACAAUACACAGAAUGAAAAGCAGAAAUGAUUUAGUGUAUAAUCUUAACAGUACAGCUAGCAUAAAUGGAUGUAUUUAAUGUCUUUGCAGAAACAAGCAUAGAAGUGAAAAUGCAAAAUGCAAAGGCAACAAUUUUCUCCAAGAGUUUAAAUUAAAGUGUUAUUUGCCUUGGUCAUCUGAGGACUACUGCUAUUCCUUUAGUGUAAUUUUUAAUCAUAUCAUAAGCAGAGGUAAAACUUGGCGGGGCGGGGGGGAAGAACUACUAAUAUCAGCACUGCAUUUUGUUGUCUUUCAUCAAAAGCAAACUAGAGAGCCAAACUGGUUAAGGGACAAUGUGUGCUGACUCUCCAUUCAUGUAAUGAAUCAUGCUUUGCAAUUUUUAUGCAUGAACUAACAUGAUCCUUAUUAUCCUGGUGUAAUAUAGAUUCAUGAUAUUUGUAUACCUAUACUUAGAGAAUUGGAGAAAUACAUAGGAUGCUAGAAAUCUAUAAUCAUAAAAAAUGGCAAGAAGUAUAGUAUUUGAAGGUACUUUUUUUUUAAUAGACUGAAGCUUUAUCUUCACAGGUGUAGCCUCAAUAUGGAGCUGGUUCUAGUCUUCCUUAAAGUAAAUAAUUGGAAAAAAUUAUAACCCAUUUAUCUAAUUAAUUUUGAUUAAGGUGCUCUAAAUACAAUUGAGUCCAGAUACAUUUUACAGAUAUUUUAAUAAGAGAGAAAGUUCUGAUAGGCUAUAUGUACUAGCGAAUAUAAAUAGUUUCAAAGAAAAGUAUUGUUGCUAUUGCUGUUGUUACUAAUAGUACUUCGGGUUGUAUUCCUGAUAUGAACAUUUAAGUGCAUCAAUAGGAAAUGACCAGGUCUGAUAUAAUUGGAUAUAAAAGCACAAAAUCCUGUUACUUUUGAUGUACCUAAUAUCUUAAAUAUUAAAAGAAAUAACUCAGAAAAAUAGGAAAUAAAUUAUAGAUCAAGAUUUUAUUAAACAACUUGACUCCAAUUUCUGAAAUUUAAUAGUGUUUUCUCACAGUCCAUCCCAUGUGUGGCCACUUAAUCUUACUAAGCCACGCUCAAAGCAGUGGAACAGGUUAAUAGUUGCUGCAUUUUGCAUUAUUUUUAGUUUGAUAGACUUUACUAAUUUUAGCUUACUCGUAUGUUUGUAAACUAAGGGAAAAAACAAAUGUGAACUUUAAAAGAGUAAGUACAAGCAAGAAAAUGGACUUUAUCAAGGCUUCAUUCUUAACAAUUUUUCCAAAAAAUCAUAGAGAAUGGGUUACUUUGUAAGUUUUGAGAAAACUUUUUUUAAAACUAACUAAAGUUAUCUUAGUUAUUUGAUAAACAUAUGCAUCAUUUAAGCAAAAAUGCUGGGUGGGAAUUCUGUGAAUUCUAGUCCAGUAUAACUGGAGGUUCUGAUAUUUGGUGGCUCUGUAGUACUACAUGUAAAUUUUAACGGUUAUAUGACUAUAACCAUAGAGGUUAGUUGUGGUUUUCCAUCUUCUGCUCCUUUCCCUUCCUCCCAGUUAUAUGACCUUUAUAAUUUAAAUGUAUCCUCUUCAUAACUAUUAUAAAAAAUAAAACCCUCCAGAAUAAUUUAUACUCUAAAGAAUGCUACAUUGUCUUAAAAUAGCAAUUAGAUUUGAAUGUAUUUCUCUUUAUCAAACUUUUGCCAGUGCCUGUGUUACCAGUAGUUUAUUAAAACAAGUUCAAUUUUUGUCAGUUUAAAAAUUAUGGUCAUUAUAAAAGCCUAUGGCUGUAAUUAAGAGAAGAAGAAAAAAGAAAAUAAUGUGCUAAGGAUAAAAUAGAAAUUCAGGAUCAGACUUGGUAUAAAUAAAAUUGAUAAGAACGCAUGCAGUAUUGUUAAAAUCAUGUGCUUUCUUGGUCAUAAAAUUGGCCUUUGGCUUAAGCCAAGUUGUUGAUUUCUGAGCCCUGUAGUUGUAAUAUAGGGAUAAUACUUAGUAUUGCCCUGUAUUUGAGGUGCUUCGAACAUUCAGGCAAAGUUUUGUACAUAUAUUAUUAUAGUUUUUGGUUUUUAAGUAGAUUAGACAUGGGUUUUCUCUGCUUUCCUCUUUUUAUAACUACUUAGUACAGGCAGUCCUUAUAACACUUAAUUUAGUGACCAAAGUUACAAGGGCACUGAAAAAUGUGAUGUGACCUUUUUCAUACUUACAACCUUUGCAGCAUCCCCGGGAUCCAAAUUCAGAUGCUUGACAACUGACUCAGAUUUAUGACGGUUGUAGUGUCCAGUGGUUGCCUUUUGCGACCUGAGAAGCAAAGUCAAUGGGGAAGCCAGAUUCACUUAACAACCAGGUUACUAACUUAGCAAGUGCAGUGAUUCACUUAACAACUGUGGCAGCAAAGGUUGUAAAAUGGGACAAAGCUCACUUAACAAAUGUCUCACUUAACAACAGAAAUGGGCUCAAUCGUGGUCAUAAGUCGGACUUCCUGUACUAGCAAAUCUUUUAAUUAUAUUAUUAAGAAUUCUUCAUUGCUAUGGAAUGCAAAUAUAUUAGGGUGUCUGUAUUUUUUUAAAACUAGGGAUGUUUUUAUCAGGUCAAUAGCAGAUAAACCUCUUUCUAGGUUUCUUUCUCUCUUUCAGUUUUGGUUCUGUUGGUUGUUAUCCAGAUUUUUUUCCUAUACAGCAAUGCUGAGACCUAUAGUUCAGGCUAGAAUGGGACAUACGCUUGUCCCUUCUAUGCAUUUUUGUCAGAUUAAUAAGAAAAAUCUCCCUUAAAAAGAAUGUUAAAAGUUGUAGUCUUUAAUCUCUCAUUUGGAAAGAGGUAAAGACUGAAAUAAUGCAUGUUUAAAUCUAAAUAUGUAAAGUUGAAAUUUUAUGUAUUAAAUUACAAAAAUAUAGUUAAAAGUAUCACAAUUUACCAGCAAAGUAUGUUCCAAUUUAAAAUGAUUUGCUGUUUUUUGCAACUGUUUCUAAGUAGUUUCUAGUUGUUUAAACAUGGUGUAUAACUUCCUAUCUUCAAAGCAUUUUUACAUGAACAAUACAAUGUCUUUUGUGUAAAAAUAAAGAUAACUUCUGUAAAACCUGCUUAUUUCUUUAAUGUUCUAACUAAUGUUCACUGGGAAGAAUAGAUAUAGUUUGAGGUUGUAGCUUGAGUUUAUUUAUUGCUCAGGCUUUACCAUUUUUCUGUCUACAAUGCAGAAAAAUAAUUAAGAGUCAAAAUCCUUUACAAGUGUUGCAAAGUUGCACAGUUAUAUAAUAACUAUGAUGCGCUUUGAAUACCAUUGUCAAUCAAAUGACAUUUAACAGAGAAGAAAAUGCAGAAACAGUUUUUAUAUGUGAGUUGAUGAGUGAAAAAUCCAAGCAUUGAGCGCACAAUGUAAAUCUUUUCUAGAACUUUCUGAUUGUAUGGAUUUUGACAGCUUCAGUGAUGGUAGAUUAAGAAUAGAGCCAGAAUGGUUCUUAACUGUUACAGGGUUUGAUUCCUACACAUACAUUUUUAAAUUACAAUCUUCACCAAUUACUACAUAGCAAUUUCUGUCAAUUGUAUUUAAUCCUUGAUUUAUCAAGGAUUAUAUCUCAUUAUUGUGUAUCAGCUAUAUUGUAUUUGCAUUUGGCCAAUUUUAUAUAAAAUGAUACAGUAAAAUUCAUCCAGCUGUAAAAAAAUUGUAAUACAAAUCAAAUUAAAAGCACAAUGUACAUUUUUA